UUCACCGCAUGUAAAUAAACAAAACCACGAGCGAAGUGGGUGCUGUUUUGUGCAAAAAGUUUAGUAUUUUAUGUGAAAAACAGCACUAAAAUCAGUGAAAAAUGUUUCAUUUAGUUCGUUCAAACAUUAGCAGAUUACAUAAGAGCUCCAGCACGGCCCGGCUGCUGGCCAACGCAAACUUCUGUUCCGACUCGUCCAAGGACGACGAUGGCCAGCGUAAGCCAAAACAACCGAAAGAUGACCAGAAACCCGCGGCCGCUCCUUCCGCCGCCCUGAGUCGCCUCAACGAGCUGCUGUCGAUGAUGAACACCGGCAACGAGGUCCAGCUGGUGAAGAAGGUCCAGCUGGCUCAACCUGCGGGUCAGAAGAAGGGAGGCAGUAAGAAGGCCAAGAAGGAGGAUUCCGAUUCGGAGUCGGACUCGGACGAUGAACGGCCAAAGGAUUUGCUGAAGGCAACGAAGAAGGUCGCGAGCUCGCUGGGCGGAGAUGCCAAGCAAACGGAGGCGGAACUGCUGGCCAAGUUGCUCGGGGGAAGCGGGGAGGGGUCCAGUCUGAGCGACGUCAUCACCGGCAUGCAGGUCGAUCGGGAGGGCGCGGCCAAGGAGGAGGUCAAGCUAACCCGGAGCAACGUCGUGAGGAAGUCGAUCGAAAAGAAGGCUUCGAAGGAACAUCGGGGAGAUUACGCGAGGGAACCUCGCGAGCGAAAACGAGCUCCGCUAACGGCACUUGUACCGCCUCCAACCGGAGCCAGCGUCAAGUUGUUCGACGGAGAACCGCUGGGCAUUUUCACCGAUCCGUCGCUGUUGCGCGAAAGUCCGGACGUCCUCAAGACCUGGAACGCCCUGCACGAGCGAGAACUCCGCCUCGCGGUCACCCAUCCGCCGGCCAACCACUUCCAAAAGAUGGCCCUCUGGACGGAGCAGGGCAAACUGUGGCGAUUCCCCAUCAACAACGAGCAGGGCUUGGACGAGGAGGCGAAGGUGUCCUUCACCGAGCACAUCUUCCUCGAGGACCACCUGGAACCGUGGUGUCCGAAGCGGGGCCCCAUCCGGCACUUUAUGGAGCUUGUUUGUGUGGGGCUGUCGAAGAAUUACUUUAUCAGUGCGCACGAGAAGCGGGAGCACAUUUUGUGGUUCCGGGAUUACUUUGAGCAGAAGAAAGAUUUGCUGAAGCAGGUAAUCGUGCAGGAGUAGCAGCA